AGUGGUCAUUUGUCAAACUUACGACCUAACCUUAUUUUUGGUUUGUUGUGACGUUUCAUUAUUUACAAAUAAAUCGGUGCAAAAGACACUAAAAAAAUGUCUUUAGACGACAUCGCUUAUGCGGAAAUAGAGGCUCAGUGCCACCAGGAGCUUGAGCAAUUAAAAUUGGAAAAGGAAAAACUUGUGUCUCAACUGAAUGGGAUGCUUAGUCAAAGAACUUACAUAGAGGAUAAGGUGAAGGGAUUGUCUCGUUUGAUUCCCACACUAAAAGUAAUGAAACAGGAGGCCCAAGAGCUUGUCACUACAAUAAAUGAUAUAUCAGACAGCUCGGAGAAAAUUAGCAGCAAGAUAAGGCAGUUGGAUACAGCUCGGGGACGAGUAGAUGAAUGCUUAUUACGAGUUAACGACUUAAUAGACCUAGAAAUAUGUUCGCAAGGAGUACAACAAGCCAUACUUGACUUGGACUAUGAAAAAGGGGCCGCACACGUACACCGAUUCCUUUCCAUGGACCAAUCCUUGCUAAAACGUACUGCGAAUGACACAAAUAACAUGUCUGAUAUGUUAAAAUCCGUGAGAACACUACAAGAAGCUACAGCUCAAUUACGGGCAAUUGUUGAACAUAAAUUCGAUGAGGCAGUCAAUAAUGAAGAUCUAGGAUCAGUUGAGCGGUUUUUUAAAAUAUUUCCUUUAUUGGGGAUGCAAGAGGAGGGCAUCAAAAACUUCUGCACCUUUUUAUGUACCAAAGUUGCCCUUACCGCGGAUAAGAACUUAAAAUCUGCAAUAAGCACUCCAUUAGCAGAUAAGAGGCAAACAGUGGUUUAUGCAGAUACCUUGAUUUUAUUGUUCGAAGGGUUGGCCAGGGUGAUUGAUACCCAUCAACCAUUAUUGGAGACUUAUUAUGGUCCUGGACGGUUGUUAUCUGCACUUGAGAUUUUGCAAAAAGAAUGUGACAGGCAAAUACGAAGGGUUUUGAUUGAGUGGGGAAAAAGCAGGCAAAUUGAGAAGAAAAUACAGCAAAUCGCUGACCUAUCAAAAAUGAGCAGCAAUUCAAGCUUUAGCAAGCUAGAAAAAAUCGACCCCAAAGACCUAGACAUUCUUAUAGGCGAAAUCACCUUGAUGCAUUUUAGGUGUGAACUGUACAUCAAAUUCAUCCGCAGAAAAGUCUUGGCUGAUAUAGAAGUAGGUAUCUUAGAUCCAGAACAAAAAGCAACACAAAUAAAAUCCCUGGACAGUCUUAUACUUAACAGUGAAUUAAGCCAAUGCAAGCAUGAUUUAUUAUCGCACUAUUUAAGAUUAGAGCAGUAUUUUAUGGAAGAGUCUGUAGCAAAGGCUGUUAGUAUGGACGUGUUUGAAAGUGGACAAGAGACAUCCAGUAUGGUUGAUGAUACUUUCUUUAUUGUAAGAAAAUGUAUUAGGCGUUCAAUUUCAACAGGUAGCUUGGACGGUAUUUGUGUGAUAAUAAAUAAUGUAUGUCGGGUUUUGGAAAAUGACUAUUGCGACGUACUAAAGGCCCGUCUAAAGCAAGGGUAUCCCUCAGGUUAUUUGGACUUGACUCAAGCAUAUAAUGUGCUACAGAACUCCAUUCAACAGGGGAGACUACAGCCUGGGGAUACUGAACAGGCUAGAACUGCUUUUAUUGUGGCUCUUAAUAACGCAGACAGUAGCACAGAAUACGUCACCGCAUUGGUAGACAGCGUAAUGAAAGAAAUCGAAGUCGUAUGCCCAAACAUGAACUCUAAAGAACGUGGCAAACUGGAGAGUUGUCUCUCGGGAAUUUCGUCAGUCAGCGCCAAAUUAGCCGAGAUAAUCGAGUAUGGCAUUCAGCAGUUAAAAAGUGCGGCAAUCAAACCGCGCAUUAAUCCUUGGGUGGACACUUUUAUGAACUUCAGCCAUCAGUUGACCGAAGACGAGUUGUCAGCUUACGAAGGUGGCGAGUCUUUCGUUCAAACGCUGAUAAUGAAUUUGGAAACGCUUUUGUCGUCGUUCAGGGAUAUUUUAAGUGAGAAUAAUUAUAAUCAUUUCAUUCAGGCUCUGACUGCUGAAGUUACUCAGAGGUUCGAGAAGGUUAUCAUGAAAAGCCAGUUUAAUAGGUUAGGGGGCUUAGUCCUAGACAAAGAAGUACGUUCACUAGCCGGGUAUAUCACUUCGGACACUUACUGGUCCGCCAGAGACCAAUUUGCCAGACUCACCCAAAUCGCCACUAUUUUAAAUUUUGAACAAAUCGAAGAAAUUAGGGAUUACUGGGGGAGUUCUGAUGGAGGAAUAACUUGGAGACUUACCCCUAAUGAGAUCAAGAGCGUUUUAGCGUUGAGGGUUGAUUUUAAAUCGGAGGAGGUCAAGAAGCUGCGACUGUGAUUUAUUUUUAAUAUUUUACUGAUUAUAUUAUUUUCUUAUAAGGUGUAAGUUUGGCUGUUCUUAUUUUUUAAAUAAAUUGAAAGUAUGCUUACCAGAACUAUGUGGUAAAUAGUCAAAAACAACUAAACAUAAAAAGUUUAUUUUUAUUUUAAGUGUGUUUUCCAAAAACAUAUGUUAUUUUCCAGUUAAUUUCCUGUACUUCAUGGUUUUCAAAAUAGCCUUGAUCUUAUUUUAAGAUAGGAAAAUGUAAUUUUUCGAAAUUAUAUUCAAUUUACAAACA